AAAACAGAACGGGCACACGGUCGCUGGUGUUUUUGUUUUGGGAAUUCCACAACGUCGCAGUUGACAAUGAGCGAUAAUAACAGUGCGACGGGAAUCAAGGAGGAGUCAUUUAGCAUGGUGCACGACCAGGAUCUGAGCAGCAAGCACUACUCGCGGUGUAGUAGUGCGGGCAGUACCCACACUCCCAACUCCUCGGCCCACAACUCAGACGACGACGACGAUAGCGGCGAUGCGCGCCACUCGACGUCGACCAAUUCCACGCUCAGCUAUAAGGAGCGCAGGCGGGAGGCGCACACGCAGGCGGAGCAGAAACGGAGAGAUGCCAUUAAGAAAGGAUACGACAGCCUGCAGGAGCUGGUGCCGCGAUGCCAGCCAAAUGACUCCUCCGGCUACAAGCUCAGCAAGGCUCUGAUUCUUCAGAAGUCCAUCGAGUACAUUGGGUAUCUCAACCAGCAGAAACUCAAGCAGGAGGAGGAAGGAUCUGCGCUGCAGAAGGAGGUAACUGCGCUGCGGAUCAUUAAGAACGGUUACGAAAACAUGCUGCAACACCAGCAGGCAAAUCCGGGUCCCGAGGAGGCACGUCUUACAGACGAGGCCAAAUUUCAAGUGUUCCAGGCCAUAAUGGACGAAAUGUUUGAAACAUUUAAGCACAUACCCAUGGAGAACUUCAAGCAGCUGACAACCGGCAUCAUCCCAUGGCUGGAGGAGCACUGCAAGCCGCACGUGCUGCGCAACAUCCUCAGUCGCACCUUGCAACAGAUGGCACAGGAGGCCCUCGAAAAGCAACAACUGCAGGCCAUGGAGCAAGAGUCCAGCGAGGGCUUUAGCUGAUCUCGCGGUUAGUUUAUACCUUCAUUCGUUAUUUUAGAUACCCCUGUUUGGUAGAUACUUUCGUUUCGUUUACUGCGUACAAACAUAAAAUGCGUCAUUUGAAUAGUUGUAAAAGCGUUGACAAGAAAA